AUGUCCGAAUCAACAGUGUCGGACAAGUUCAAGUAUGAUCUCGAAGCGAACAGUGUGGAGUCUGGUACAGCCUCGUCAAUCGAAGACCCGAGCUCAGACGAAGUUGCAGCUAAGAACGGCGAGCUGAGCAGAUCGUUGACAACCAGACAAAUUUCGAUGAUCGCUAUAGCCGGUGUCAUUGGUACCGGUUUAUUCCUCGGAAGUGGAAAAGCUCUUGCAGAAGCUGGUCCUGCAAGCUUGCUGAUCACCUAUGCUAUCAUUGGUGCCCUCGUUUAUUUAACUAUGCUUGCGCUCGGUGAAAUGAAUACAUACAUGCCCGUGGCCGGCUCAUUUUGCACAUUUGGCUCUCGUUUUGUGGAUCCUGCUCUCGGCUUUACCCUCACGUGGAACUACUGGUUCAAUGAUGCUGUGUCGACGGCCUCUGAUCUAACCGCAUUACAACUGGUUUUCAAGUAUUGGACUGACUGGCAUCCUUGGGCCAUUGCUCUUCUAUUUUGGUUCUUUUUACUGAGUCUUAACAUUGUAUCUGUGAAGGUUUAUGGUGAGUUCGAAUACUGGCUUGCUUUGCUCAAAGUGGUCUCGAUUUUGAUCUUUAUUAUUUUGGGCAUUGUUGUUAACUGCGGUGCAAACACUUAUCAUCAGUACCUAGGUUUCCAUUACUGGCAUAUCGAGGAUGCUCCGUUUGUUCGCGGAUUUCGCGGAUUUGCCUCGGUGUUUGUUACAGCUAGUUUUGCAUAUGGCGGUACUGAAUCGAUCGGAAUUACCGCUGGCGAAAGUAAAAAUCCCCACAAAACUAUGCCUCGGGUUGUCCGAACUGUGUUUUACCGUAUUCUUUUCUUCUACCUUUUAACCAUGCUCAUUGUUGGCAUCAAUGUCCCCUGGAACUACCCUGGUUUGUCUAACAAGUCUUCCGCUACUUCUCCUUUCACUAUUGUCUUUGGCCUGGCUGGUUCCAAGGCUGGAGGCUCUUUUAUUAAUGCCGUGGUGGUCACAUCUAUUAUUUCAGCCGGCAACCAUGCCUUGUUUGCUGGCUCUCGCCUAAUGUAUACGUUGGCCAAAAACGGUCAUGCCCCAAAGUUUCUGUCCUGGCUGACUCCAAAUAAAGUCCCCUGGACUGCACUAUUGCUUACUUGGGGUAUUUCGGGGCUGUGCUUUGGUGCCUCUUAUAUUGGAGCCGGAGAACUUUGGAGCUGGCUCCAGAAUCUCGUUGGUGUGUCAAAUCAGCUCUCGUGGCUUUGCAUCGGGUUCACUGCAAUCCGAUUCCGCAAAGGUUUGGAAAAGCAAAAUAAGGUGGAUGACCUUAAAUUCAAAAACUGGACUCAUCCCUGGGGUCCUUGGAUUGUGGUUAUCGGGUCGACUUUCAUCGUGUUUGUUCAAGGUUGGACAUCCUUUUCCCCUUGGGAUACUUCUACGUUUUUCAGCUACUAUAUUGAGCUGAUUGUAUUUCCUGUCUUGUUUGUUGCUUGGAAGCUCUUCAAGAAAACUAACUUUGUUCGCGCCGAUAAUAUGGACUUGGAUUCUGACGUCUACGUUGAUACCAAAGACGACAUCGAAGAGAACGAAUAUGAAGCCAGUCUAAAAGGGUGGAGAAAAGCCCUGAACGUGCUCAAGUCAUACUUUUUUUGA